AAAAAGCAGAAAAUGAAUCCACCUAAGAGGUCAAAAUUUUCGCACUCAAUAAACGCCUGAAGAAGAACCCAACCAAAUUGCUUGCAAUCGAAGGUAACCCUCUGUUUCUUCACUUUCAAUCAAUCAAUCCUUAUCUUCUUCCUUCUCCCUUCUCUCUCAUGUCCACGAAACCCUAACCCACUUCUCCAUUUCUUCUCUUUCUCUGACCUCUUUAAUGGGUCGGGAAACUUCUACGCCGCCACAGGCACAAGCACAGGCACCUGCUGCAGCGAUAGCACCUGAAGGAACGAUGAAAACUACGGCUUUGGCACCUGGGUUUCGAUUUCACCCUACGGAUGAGGAGCUUGUUAGUUAUUAUUUGAAACGGAAGGUUUCUAAUAAACCUGUCCGUUUUAAUGCUAUUGCUGAGGUCGAUAUCUAUAAAAACGAGCCUUGGGACCUUGCAGAUAAGUCAUGGUUGAAAAGCAGAGAUCAGGAAUGGUACUUUUUUAGUGCCUUGGACAGGAAGUAUGGGAAUGGAGCAAGAAUGAAUAGGGCAACAAGUAAAGGAUACUGGAAAGCCACUGGCAAGGAUAGGGAGGUCCGGCGUAAUUCCCAACUCAUAGCAAUGAAGAAGACGCUCGUAUUUCAUAGUGGGCGUGCCCCAGGGGGGCAGCGCACCAACUGGGUUAUGCAUGAAUACCGCCUUGUUGAUGAAGAAUUGGAAAAAAUUGGAGCCAUGCAGACCGAUUCAUAUGUGCUGUGUAGAGUAUUUCACAAGAACAAUAUAGGACCCCCAAAUGGAAAUCGUUAUGCACCUUUUAUAGAGGAGGAGUGGGAUGAUGGUGUGACAGCUCUUGUUCCUGGAGAGGAUGCUGUGGAUGAUGUGCCUGUUCAUGAUACUUGUACAGAAAUAAAUCGUGUUGAGCAGGAUACUCAUUCCUUCAAUCGAGAUCCUCUUAAUAUCAACGAACUUCCUAAGGACUCUGAAAAUAUUAAUGAGUUUCAAAAAGAUGAUUUACUAUUGUGCAAGACUGAAAGGGUGGAUGAUUAUCCUCCUUGUGUGCUUAAUACAGAGGCAUCCUUCCCCCUGCUCCAAUAUAAAAGAAGAAAGCAUAAUGGUGAUACUGUAUCAAACCGUUCAAACGCUUCGGAGAAUUCAACAAGAACAACUCAGGAUCCUUGCUCAUCUACAACAUCAACAGCUGCAACAACAACUACAGACACAACAAUGACGACUGCUGCAGCAACCACAACGGCAAUAUCUGCAUUGCUGGAAUUUUCUCUGAUGGAAUCGAUAGAACCCAAAGAGAAUCCCCAUGUUCCUCCACCUAGACUUGAUACUACAAGUCUCGAUUCCUCAGUGCCUCCUAGCUGCAUGAAAUUUAUCAAUGAUUUGCAGAGUGAGAUCCACAAGAUAACUGUUGAGAGGGAGACAUUGAAGCUUGAAAUAAUGAGUGCACAAGCCAUGAUUAACAUUCUUCAAUCUCGAAUUGAUUUUCUCAACAAGGAAAAUGAGGAUUUGAAAAGGAGUAUUGCAGAUAAAUAGAAACUACCCAUGAUAUUGCAAUCUGGUUAUCCUGAUGUACAAAUCAUGGGUACCUGGCGCGGCCUGUUCCCUUCCGCGAAGAUGAUAUGAGGGUAUGUAAAAUUAGGAUAUUAUUGUUGUUUGUUUUAAUAAUUAAUGUUGUAGGAAUAUUGUAAUGUUGGAUUUUAUCUAUCUGUAAUGGCAAUUUUAGACUGUUGAAUUCUGAACUUUCACCAUAUUUAGUCCCUGCCAAUCGUUUGUUUUA